AUGGCGACAACUCCUCCCACUCUCCGAGAUUCUCAGCAACCGACUCCUACCGCAGCAUCAACUACAGCUUCAGCUGCUCCUACUCCUCCUGCCCUCUUAACUUCGGCCUCCGAGUCGAGCGAUGAUGGAAUCCAUCUGAGCCCGGCCGCAGCUCGUCGGUUCGCUCGUCGGAAUUUGCGCCGACAAUCUCCAACUCCCGACCUCGUUACAAGCCUUGUUCGACCGCCUUCGCCAGAUACUUUCUAUGUUGGGGCCCAAGUCUCUCAACACGCCAGACAAGAUGCCAGAGCCCGAUCCGAUCCUUCAUAUUCUUCAGGUCUCUUGAUACCGAAUGUUGACUCGGACCGACGGACGGGACCGAUGGUUUCUCCACAUCCAUCUUCUCUCGGCAUCCCUAAACGCUAUGGAGGAAAUUGCAUCUUCGACAUGUAUUCUCUGACAUAUGUUGCUGAGCCCGACCCCAACCUACUUUGUCCCAUCUGUCACGACCCUCUCGUGGACCCAGUUACAACGCCUUGCGACCACACAUUCUGUUACCGAUGUUUGCGGCAAAGCAUUGACUCCAGCCCAUCUGGAACCGCUUGUCCUAUUGAUCGCGAACCUCUAGCAUGGCCCAACUGCUUUAGCGCACCACGGCUCAUCCGUACGCAGCUUAAUAACCUCAAGGUUAAGUGCCCUUAUCAUGCUCGAGGAUGCAAGUCGGAAGUUCGAAGGGAGGUCGUCGAGGUGCAUGCUACGACAGAAUGUCGUUUCAAGGACUUUACCUGUCCCGGCACUGAUUGUGAUAAGAGAUUACGAUCCAAGCCGACAGAUGAUGCCUGCCCACACACAGAAGACAUGUGUCAGCAUUGCAAAUCGUCUUUCGAAGCUCCCGACCGCGAGCUUCAUCUCUUAUCCUGUCCCAUGAGCAAGACCCGCUGCGAGACAUGCUGGAAGCUUGUCUAUCGCAGCCAACUCAAAGCCCACGGCGAACUGGAAUGCGAAGGGACUAUCGUCAACUGUCUAUACAGCGAGUUUGGUUGUCCAGCUCGUAUCAUGCGUGGGCAGAUGGAUGCUCAUACCAUGGGCUGUGCAUUUCACCCAGAAACACCAUCGGGUAUGAUCAUCAGAUCACAAAGAGAAAUCAUACAGUCCUAUACCGACUUGGGUCAGCAAGUUCAACAACUACAAAACCGCCAGGACGAGACGAACCAACGUAUCACCGAAUUCAACUCAACUUUAAGUCGCCGAGGUACGGGUGAUUCUGUCGUGGGAGACAAUCGUACCAUACAAGAUCUCGACGCUGGUUUUGAAGAAGUUCAUCAGAACCUAACGCACCUCGAGGCGCGACAGAGCAUGUGGACUAUCAAUCAGAUCAUGCCUAUCCGCGAAGAGGUGACCGAACUGCGAAACAACAUCAACAUGAUCCGCAUGCAUGUCAACUGGCUCCUGAACCGAAGCCGCGAAGAAGGUCGCAUAAGAGCGGCCGCGAGCUCCGGGUCAACGGCGACUCUCCAAAGGGACAGGUCGGUAGAAGGCCCUCGUCUCUCGGAACGUCGUCGCUCAGCUAGUGUCGAGGGAGCAGAUCUGCCUCGUCUGUGA